GUGCAUCAGAUCACUUUCAGAUUUUCACUUUGACGAUGCAGAGAGAUGAUCAUAACUUCAUCUGAACAUGGAGUUACUUAUGCUCAUUUUCGUAGCUGUAAUUCCAGUUAUAUCUGAUGGGUUGACUGUGCGCGGUCCGUCUGCUCCUCUGGUGGCUCCUCUGGGAUCUUCAGUGGUUUUGCUCUGUUAUGUUGAUGACCCUUUACCAAUGGAGGAUCUGGAGGUGGAGUGGAGAAGACCAGACUCUGAGACUUUAGUUCAUCUGUAUCAGGAUGGUAAGAGUCAAACAGAAGUCCAGCAGCAGGAUUAUCAGGACAGAGCUCAUUUCUUCACUGAUCAGAUUCAACAUGGAAACUUCUCCCUCCGUCUGGACGAUCUGAGAACUGAAGAUGAGGGACAAUACACAUGUACAGUUCACAGUCAGCAGAAGUCUGGUGAGACUGUGGUUCAAAUAAACAUUGAUGUUGUACGUUUGCGAGUGUUGGGCUCAGAUGAGUCUAUAUCUGCAUCUGUGGGUGAAGACGUCACUCUGAGCUGCUCUGUAGACUCUCACUUCACACCUGAACACAUCGAUGUUACAUGGAAGAAAACCGAUGAAAAUAUUCAGGUUCUGCUCUACAAAAACAAUGAACCUGUACCAGACUCAGCUGAUUUGCGAUACAGAGAAAGAGUUGAGUUCUUCACUGAUGAAAUCCCCAAAUUAAACUUCUCUCUCAGACUGAAGAGCGUCAGAACUGAGGAUAAAGGAGUUUACAUGUGUGAGGUGUUUGCAGGAGGACUUUCAGCCAAUACAACUGUAGAACUGGAGCAACUGGGUUUCUCUGUUUCUCACAUCAUGGUGCUGAUUCUCUGUGUUUCUGCGUCUGGAUCUGCUCUUCUGCUCUGCUGCCUGAUCUACUGCAGAAAUCAGAACGGGUUAACUGUGACGUAUUCUCAGAACAGAGAUGUUCAGCCAGGAUCUUCAAUGGUUCUGAAGUGUUAUAGAGUUAAACCUUUAGAAACAGAGGAUCUGAAGGUGGAGUGGAGAAGAAAAGAGACUUUAGUUCAUCUGUAUCAGGACGGAGAGAGUCAAACAGAGAAACAGCAGGAGGAUUAUCAGAACAGAGCUCAUUUCUUCACUGAUCAGAUUCAACAUGGAAACUUCUCCCUCCGUCUGGACGAUCUGAGAGCUGAAGAUGCUGGAGAAUACAUAUGUACAAUUCACAGCAAACACAGAUCUGUGUUUUCAACUCAGAUUACUGUGGAAAAGCACUUCACCAUGAAGCAUGUUCAGUCAUAG